AUGAAGCCGCCACCGAACAAUUCAAAACGCGCGCCUCUGAGUCCUCUGGACAACUUCAAAGCAAUCCUGUUUCACAAUGCAAGUGUGUUUUCAAAAUCCGGAAACACGUCGCCUCUAUCGGCGGAUAGUGGAAUCAUAAACGGAUUUGCAUCUGGUGGAACUUCCGACAGCAAUAGUUGCAGUUUUAGCGAACUUUCUUCUCCUGAUAAUAAUGGACAAGGUACUUGCAUGUCGCCAAAUGGUAAUGGGAGGAAAUUUGACACAAAAUCAGGCGGAGGAGGUGGAAAUAUCAAACCAGAUGGUAAUGGAGUUAAAAGGGUCCAUGGUUCACCCUUCAGCGAACUUUCUUCUCCGGAUGUCAACAAAGGUUUCGAUAACUCUGGGCCAGGUACUUGCAUUUCACCAAAUGGCAAUGGUAGGAAAUUUGAUACAAAAUCAGGCGGAGAUGUUACACCAGAUGGUAAUGGGCCUAAAAGGGUUCAUGCCAAUGGCCCUAAACGCCAAGGUUCACCCUUGGAAAAAAAUGUACCAAAGUGUAUAUCCACCGAAACCAACGUCAACUCUUGUUUCGAACACGUUUCCAAAAGAUCUUCAGCUAUUUUGGACUUGGGUAAAACCACACCUAAUGCUGAUAGGAAUAAUUUAGUCGACGACAAUGUGCACGUUACCACUACCGCCUUUAUGGCAACUCCUAAUAAUAACUCCUACACCAACAGAAGUAGUUUCAUCCUGGAACAAUCUGGUGGCAGCGUGACACCAAACAACAAAUUUUAUCCGGAUACCACCAACAGAAGUAGUUUCAUCCUUGAACAAACUGGUGGCAGCGUGACACCAAACAACAAAUUUCAUCCAACAAAUAGCUUUAUCUCAUCACAAAAUGCUGAAACAAACGGGUUUUACCCAGACACCUCCAAAUUUUACCCGAUAUCAGUGGACAAUCGUUUUCAACCAAUUACAAGGAGAAUUGAUUCUCCUUUAGGGUAUAAACAAAAGUGCAAAAGUGGUAGUGCUACUCCUGUGGAUUCUGGAAUAAACAGGGAUUCCAGUAGGAGAUUUUCUGGAAGCAGUUUUAAUGGUUUCAGUUCGCCUAAUGGAAAUACGAGGCGGUAUGGAGAGUUGGCACAUUGGAGAUGCACGAAAAGACAUGACCGCCUGGAAGGGCGCGGAGGUUCCGGCAACAACGCCGGAGGUGACGACCUCCAGGCCCUUUUACCUUCUUGCAACAGGAAUGGAAGAAGUAACAGGUCUCAGGCUUUGGGAAACAUAAAUCACAAUUUGGCAAGUAGUCGAUGUUCCUUGUCCAGUGAUCAGCAGUCAGUAACUCCGACUUCAGAUUUGGACGCAGGAGUUUUUGCAGCAGGAGAAACUAGUGACAGUGAUUCGCCUGUGCCUCCUGAAAGACCAAGGGCUCAAGGACAAAGGCCGCCUCUCGAUUUACCACCAAAGCCAGUAGAAAACGACAUAGAAACAAAAGAUUUACUAAAAACCAACUCGGCUGAUCAAAGAAGACCGUCUUUGGACGACAUAAAAAAAAUCCAGGAUGUCGAUGGUGACCAAGAGGACGAAGGAUCUUAUGGGGCACCCUGUGGAUUAGGAUUACUUGAAAGAUUACUGAGGUCGCACCCUGUUUGGUUUUUGCCUGGUAUCCAAAGAGCUGGUGCUGUGCAUUUGUUGCAGGGGAAAGAUGAAGGGAAUUUUGUGGUUCGUGGCUCUAGUCAACCUAUGACGAUGGCUGUCAGUGUGCGGCUUCCAGCAGGCAGAGGUCCUUAUAUUGAACAUUAUUUAGUAAGGGCUAGUGAAGGUCGUGUUGGUUUGGAAACAUCUGCUAAUAGAUUCGAUUCUAUUCCGGAGUUGGUUGCUCAUUAUGCACAGUGCUGUGAUGAGUUACCAGUGCAGUUAACCUUACCUCGAGCCCUUCGCGAAGCCAGAAACCGUCAACAAUUGUCAUCCUUGGCCCUUUUGGGUCAAGAAUUUUGGAGGCAUCCUGCUACGCCUUUAUUACCACCUCCAAGGCCUUCGACUUCUGCUGAUUCACUUGGUGAAAGUUCUUCUGCUUCGGAUGCUGCCAGCGAUUACACCAGCGACAAUGGUAACAAUAAGCACAUAAACCCUCUAGAAACCAGGACACCAUCACCGUUCUCUGAUCCAAUUGAACACCAUCCUGCUCAACGAAAUCAGUUAACAACUUUUAAGGGCCCUAGGGCUCCAAGACCUACGCCACCUUGCACAUUAGAUCUGAAUAAUGUGACGACAGGUGGACAUAGUAAUGGAUUUGAUAGAAUUCCUGGACGUGUACCACCUGUUCCGCCGCCACGAUGGAGCAAACCUACAACUCCUCCAGGAACUAAUGAUAACUCGAGAGUUCCUACCUUGAGCAAACGCAUGUCACCCGAAGGAGAAUGCUUCGCAUCCACCAUCAACUCCAAUACAUCUGGCAGCAUGCGUGUUCACAAAUCCAAAAUCAACGCCUCUCUGAUAACUUCAACGAACAAUGGUAUCAUGUCACCAGGAACCAUCAGCAAUGGUGUCACUUCCCCAAAUAUUCUAUCACCAGGAAUGCUCACGUCUCCUGAUUCUAACAAUGGACAAGUUUCUGGUUCUACAAUGAGUGGUAUAAAUUCUACUAUCACUUCGCCUAUGAGUGGGACGAGUGGCGUUACGUCUCCUAUGAGUGGAGCAACAUCUUAUCAUACGAAGAGCAGCAGUCAUAAUAAUAAUAAUGGGAGCAGUGGCAGGUCGAGGAGGGGUGCUAAGGCUGCUAGGAAAGCUAGCAGACACUACCAGGAAAGUGAUAUUUUGGAGUCACCAAGUAUAUACUGCAGAAGUGGUCCUGGUGAUAAGGCGUCGGACUACGAAGACGUUUGGGGUCCGCAUGACGCUGCCUUAAUCAACGCCCAAAACAACAAGCAUAGGCCUGAUUUGCUCUCCGAUCACACACCCCCAAGUUGUGUAACGUCCCUCAAUGGCAACGUGCUGAGUCCUUUAGAAGCUGGCAGUACCACGACAAGUACAACCACGACAAAAACUCGAUCCGAAUUGGCAACGAACGAAAAUCCUGCAAACGAAGCAGAACUUCCACCUGCAGCAGAAUCACCGGCUGCUGGUAACGGAGGUGGAAAUAGUCCUUUUUAUGCAGAACCUGCUGAUGCCAUAAUAAGACAACAGAUUGUUUUGAGAAGACCUAAAGGGACUGGAAUUGGAUUGAGGCAUAGUGAACCAUCAAGUGGACGCGACUCGAGUUCGUUCUACGCCUUUGGUUCAAGAUUUCCACCUCAUCCAGCUUUACAAAGAAUUGAUUCGAGCGAAGAAUUGUCUUCGUCGAAUUUUGGAGGUCCUGCUCUUGGAGCAGGUUCAGUUUGGAAUGGACAACAGUCGCAGCAGCAACUUCUUCUUGGCUCUGUUGAUGAUCUUCAACGAAAAUCUGUUGCUAGACGAAGGAAAGGUGAUGCUUGGACUGUUGAUAGGAGCUGGGAGUUUGUAGCUCGAGGUGAUCUCGAACAAGAAACUCCUUUCGACAUGCCAAUUACUGGCAAUGAAGCCGAUUGGUCGAGAAUAGGGUUUCCAUCAGAUCUACAUAAUGAAGAUGAUUUGAUAGAUCCUCCAUCUGGGCCUAAAAUAACAAUCCGAGAGAUGAUUGCAAAACGAUUACCCGAUCUCGGUUUACCAGAACCAACAAUCACAAGUUGCAAUAGUUCUGAACAAACCAGUAGAAUGUCUGCCUAUGAUAAUGUGGAAGGACGAAUUACUUCAGGUCCAUUAUCGUCACGAGAAAGUGACGAUGGCACUGUCUUCUCCGAGCCUUGGGAUUGUUCGAGAUGGCAAGGAUUAUUGUUGAAAUAA